AACUUUCAGUUUCUAUAACACCUUGAAAUCCUUCCUUCAAGUGUCCUUUAAUAAUCAUUGGGAAACCGAUCUACACUGGACUGAUCAAGGUCAAAAGAGUGAGCAUGUGGACAAAUUUGUCUUUACAACUGCUUUCAAAAUAGCCAGCUGGAAUGUGCGUACAGAAUUGCUACUGAUAUGGAGGAAUAUAACCAGUCAUUAUCCGGAAUUCGAAGCACUAGUUUUUGAUGAGAACAAUUUCUAUUCUGAUCAGAUGCUUGAACUACAAACGACUACGCUUCAAUCUCUUGGAACUGCAAUACUUACACUUAUUUCAGUCUGUAUCCUCUUUGUCGCCGAAUCUUCAAUUGUAUUCUGGGUGACGUUCAGCCUGAUCUCUAUGGAUAUCGGUACAGCCGGUUUCUUAUCGCUGUGGGGUGCCGAUCUGGAUCCAACCACAGUCGUCAAUAUUUUGAUGUCCAUCGGUCAAUGUAUCGACUUUGCGACCCAUGUCGGCUAUCGCAUCUAUCGUUCAGAAUGUAAAGACCCAGAUGAACGCAUACGCGAUGCCAUGGGAGCCAUAGCGUGGCCUGUGCUGCAAGCUGGAAGUUCUACUCUUCUGGGUAAGUUGGCUUUACCAUGCUUUACCCUUACCCUCUCCAAAAUGUGCAAUUUUAGCCAUCGUCGUGAUGAUUCUCGUCCCAUCAAAUGCUGUUCGAAUGUUUGCUCGAACAUCUGUACUAGUCGUAGCUACGGGGCUAUUCCAUGGGCUUCUUGUGCUGCCUGUUAUAAUACGAACUUUCGCAAGUCAUGCCAAAGCUCAUGUGCCGAAACGUAAGG